AUGAGGACAGUCGCUGAAGUUGACUUAUGGGAUGGCGGUCUCACGUUCCAUGAGCUUUGCCUUAUCGUUGGAGGCGCUUUUGCGAUUCUUGCCGCUACAAUUUCCAUCUAUCUAAUUAUGUGCCAUGCGACGCACUAUAGCAAACCGAUAGAACAGCGGCAUAUUAUUCGAAUUCUAUGGAUGAUCCCCAUCUACUCGUUAGUCGCAUGGCUGAGCACCUACUUCUACAAGAGCGCCAUUUACUACGAGCUGAUCGGCAACUCCUACGAAGCCUUCACCAUCUCGGCUUUCUUUGCCUUGCUCUGUCAUUACAUCGCGCCGGAUUUACAUAGCCAAAAGGAAUACUUUCGAGGAAUCACGCCGAAGCAAUGGCUUUGGCCUGUACCCUGGUUUCAGAAAUGCUGCGGCGGGGAGAAGGGGAUCUGGAGGAUACCGCGAAGCGGAUUGACAUGGUUCAAUGUGGUCUGGGUUGGUGUUUUCCAGUACUGUCUCCUGCGCGUGCUCUCGACUAUCAUUGCGGUGGUUACUCAACACUUUGAUGUGUAUUGCGAGGAGAGCUUGAGCCCUGCUUUCUCGCAUGUCUGGGUCCUGGCUAUAGAGUGUGUUGCUGUGUCGAUCGCGAUGUACUGCCUUAUCCAAUUCUAUUACCAGGUCAAGGAGGAUAUCAGCCAGUAUUCGCCUUUCCUGAAGAUUGCCUCUAUCAAGCUGGUGAUUUUCCUCUCGUUUUGGCAAACUACCUUGAUCAGUUUCCUAUUUUCUUCCGGAGCAAUUAAACCAACCGAGAAAAUACAGGAACCGGAUCUCAAAGUCGGACUUCCAAAUCUUCUUAUCUCAGUUGAAAUGGCCAUCUUUGCUGUGUUGCAUCUGUGGGCAUUCUCAUGGAAGCCGUAUUACCUCAAAGACUCACAACCUGACGAAGUCACCGAUUUCUACGGCAACGGCAAAGGCCUGUAUCACGGCGGCCGCUGGGGUAUGAAAGCCCUCGUGGACUCCUUUAACCCGCUUGAUCUUCUUAAGGCCGUGGGCCGUAGUGUGCGGUGGCUCUUUGUAGGCCGGAAGAAGCGAAUGAUGGAUCCCAGCUACCAGAGUCAGAGCGAGGCGAUUGGUCUUGAGAACGCCGGUACUGGCGCAAAUGCGAAUAUGACAGCCUACCAAGGCGCAGGCGCCACGUUGGCUGGUGGCAGAACAAGACCCUAUGGUACCUCGCCCGAUGACGAGGACCAGGUGCUCCUCUCCCAUGCACAGCCGAACCCUACCUCGCGAUUGACAGGCGAUCUGGGCAUCGCCCCUCCACCUUAUCAAUAUGACCACGAUGCUCGCUUGUACUCGCAUCACGAUGAUUUGAGUGACGCAUCCUUGCUGGACCCUGCCGCUUCUCAUUCCCCACAAGCAUAUUCUCCCUACGAGGAUCCGCACCGCAAUCCGUACAUGGCUUCGGGUUUGAUAGAUGACCCCUAUCACCACCAGAUCAACGUCUCUUCAACAGGACAGGGAGCCGCAGUACAUAACCAAUACCCACAAGAAUCCCUACGAGAACAACCACCCAUCCCCAUGCCAGACCCAUACCAAUCUCCGCCUUCGCAUCACAACGCCGAGCAUAGCCGACGAUAA